ACAAUCAGCCCCCCCUCGCACCGGCUGUUUUUUCUGUGCUUUCGUCAGCGAAAAAGAUCAACAGAGCGUUACGUCAAUUACUUGAACCGACAUAAAGCAGAGUUCAAAAGACGUCUUUACUCACAGUAGUUUUUAGCUAGUUAUCUCUUCUUCAAGUAAACACUCAGUAUGCCUUCUGCUGACGCCCUCCUUCAGACCUUCGCACAACCGGAAGUCAUCUUGCACCCAGCGACAGCUGCCAUAGCAACCAUCCUCGUUAUUAUUUCCAUAUACAUCUACGGUACCUACCCCUUCAGGAUACUCAAGAAACUCAAAAUUCCAGGCCCACAGCCGUUAGCUUUCUCGGGCAACCUUAAAGAAGUAGAGAAACAUGGCGGCCUUCAUCUGGCUUUACUGGAAUACAAGAAGAAAUACGGCAAAGUUUUCUCGUUGUGUAUGGGAAGACACGUCGCUGUUGUUGUCGCUGACCCAGAUAUGCUUCGACAGAUUCUUGUCAAAGAUUUUGCCUCCUUCAGGAAUCGAUUUUUCAGGUUCCCUCCAAAUAAUAAAAUUAAAUUCGGGUUGAUGACGGCAAAGGAUGAUGACUGGAAGAGGAUCCGGUCCACGCUGACACCAACGUUCAGCUCGGGGAAACUGAAGCAGAUGGUCUCUUUGAUAGAAGAGUCAUGUGAUGUAUUGGUUGAGAAACUUGAAGAGGUUGCUGAUACAGGUCGCAGCAUCGAUAUAUUUUCUUGGUACAGCAAGAUGACAUUCGAAGUCAUUUUGUCAUCUGCAUUUGGGAUUAAAUCAGACGUACAAAGAACCCCCGACAAUGAAUUCCUGCUGAAAGCGCGAUCGAUUUUCCACCCGCCGGCGAUAUUAAUGAUGCUUAUGGCUCUUCCUGGUGCACGGCUUCUUCGCGGAUUGUUCAGCCAGUCUGCUGGCAGUUUAGGAUAUUUUCUUGACUUAGGGGACAAGAUCAUCCGUAUGAGAAGAGAAUGUAAGAAUGAGAGGCAAGAUCUUUUACAACUCAUGCUUGUAGCUCAUGAUCCUGAAGGAGGGAACAAGGGUGGUCUAAGUGACGACGAAAUCACUGCCCAAUCUGCGACGUUCCUUCUUGCUGGCCACGAGACUUCAAGUAAUGCUCUGACGUUCAUCACCUACCAUCUCGCCAUGAACCCAAACAUACAAGAAAAGCUUAGACAAGAGAUUUCAGCCUCCUUUAAAGAGAACCCUGAGAAGUCUCUCUACGAGCAGUGCUUUGCGAUUGAAUACCUUGAUUGCGUUGUCAACGAAUCGCUCCGCAUGAACCCUCCAGCGCAUGUGAUGACCCGAGUCUGCAACAAGACUUGUACUGUCAAUGGCGUCAUAAUCCCUGAAGGUAUGGAAGUCAAAUACCCCAUCUAUGCCCUGCACCAUGACCCACACCUCUGGACCAACCCAGAGAAGUUCGACCCAGACCGUUUCCUUAGCCCAGCCAAGGAUUUAAUCAACCCCUUUCAGUUUCUUCCAUUCGGAGGUGGACCUCGUACGUGUAUCGGAAUGAGGUUUGCCAUGUUGGAAAUUAAGAUGACGCUGAUCAAGAUCCUACGUAAACACAGGUUCGUUCGCUCGCCAGAAACUCAAGUGCCUAUGAAUGUCGUAUCUGGUAUCACCCUUACGUCCAAAGAUGGGCUCCACAUUCGAUUAGAGACUUUUUGAAGAAGUUUAAUGUUACUCAGAGAUGCUUGUAUAGAAUAUAAUAGAGACAAUUGAAAGAUAGAUGUCAAUAAACCUCUUUAGCUUUUUUUAGUGUUUCCAUUAGGGUGGUAAGCUUAUUUUUUACCUUUGCAAUGUAUUUUUUGUAAGGAUAUUGUGUUGCGGCGAACAGCAAUAAACUAAACUAAACUAA